AUGGCAGAACGUUGCCUGAAAGGUCUACUUCUGGUGGACUACCCAUGCGAGCGGCGGUCCCGAGCGAGGCAAAUCGGGCUGGGGGCCCUGUACUACUUCAGAAGCUGUAACCAGGUCCAUUUCAAAGAUAUGGACACUGAGGCCCAGAGAGGUCCCACACGGUGCUCAGGAGCCCCAAAGAGGCGGCGGCAGGAGCGCACGGUGUACACCACAGAACAGCUAAAAGUGCUCGAAGAACAUUUCAGGAAGAACGAGUACCCGGGUUACCAGGACCGCGAAGUCCUGGCGGCCAGGCUCAACCUGCAGGAGCACAAAGUACAGGUGUGGUUCAAGAACCGACGGGCCAAACGCUCUCGACUGAAGCGACUGUCCCAGGCGCGAGGCCUAGGUCCCGGCAAUGCUCACACGGGCCACGGAGCCCCGGGCAGCCCGGCGCUCCCAGAGGGCCCGGGUGUCUGCAGCCCCUCUCCGCCCAGCCCCGCGAGGAUGCUCCCAGCACCGGAACCCAGCGUCUCGGGCCACGGCCCUGCCAGGUGGGCCCUGGCACAGAUGGGACCGGCCCAGGAAGACGUUCCGGCUGCUCCAGGCCCAGUCCCAGCUCCGGCCCCAGGCUGGCCUGACGACCCCUACGCAUCGGACUUCUGGCCGGAGCCUGUUGUGAUCUUUAAUUUCACAGAUCUCUUCCCGACCCAGGACCCCUCCCAGAGGCCCCCCUCCCCCUUGUUCUCUGAGUACCAAAAGGACAGUGACUCUGCGGAUGAGAACGACUCGGCCUUCAGGCAGUUUCUGGAUUUAUAG